AUGGACAAGCGCCUCCCGCACCGGAUCAGGGACAUUCGACUACAACUCCAGGCUUCUGGCAAGACUGCCACUGCCGACGGCGUGCGUCAGAAGGCUUGCAACCAGUGGACGUUGGUGGAGUCAAGCAAGGGAUACCGACGAUGUUUUCAGAUUGAGGUCGUGGAGUUUGGUGUGAAGGAUGAGCUGUGCAAAAACUUCGCUGAGUAUGGCAGAUUGAAGCAGCAAGCCCUGAGGAAGCUGGUGCUGCAAGAGCUGAGUACCCCGUUGCCCACAGAAACAUGUGUCACCGAAAGCCGCGAAUGUCAAGAUGCACCGACUACUGGCCCUCCGAAGAAGAAGCGCCGGAAGGAUGCAAAAGCUGUUCCUCAGGAUGCAGCUUUUCCAGAUCGGCCUCUCAAAGAAAAGGAGGGCAUGAACGAGUCGAUGCGGCGGCUUUACGCUCAAGGACCUGCGAGUGCGACCGGUGCGACGACGGCGCGUUCGCCGGACGAGAAGGUCGAGGGUGCCUCACGGCGUGUCCGAGAGAAGGCGAUGGCUGCAGCCCGCCGGGAGCAAGGAUUGCCGGAACCGCGCGGCUCCGGCUUUCAACCAGAGGAACGGCCUGAGGAAAGGCUUGAGGAUCUUGGAGGCGUCGACGAGAUUCUUUUGGACUUGCGCCAGCUUGUCGUUCAGCCUCUUAGCCAUCCGGAGGUUUUUCAACACCUUGGUGUCCAGCCUCCCACUGGGGUUCUUCUUUUUGGACCGCCAGGAUGUGGAAAGACCAAGAUCGCUCAUGCCAUCGCCGGUACGACUGGGGUCCCCUUCUUCAAGAUCGCUGCCACGGAAAUUGUGUCGGGCAUGUCGGGUGAGUCGGAAGCGAAGAUCCGCCAGCUUUUCCAGGCUGCCAUGUCCGCGGCCCCAAGUUUGAUCUUCCUGGACGAGGUAGAUGCCAUCACGCCCAAGCGAGACUCUGCGGGCCGCGAGAUGGAGCGCCGCAUUGUGGCGCAACUUCUCACAUGUCUCGAUGAGCUUCAGAAGGCCAACGUCAUUGUCCUUGGGGCUACAAACCGACCCGAUGCCCUUGACCCAGCACUCAGGCGUGCAGGACGCUUCGACCGUGAGAUCGCCAUGGGCAUACCAGACGAGGCCGCGCGUGCCCGAAUUCUGGAGAAAAUGGUGAUGGGCAUGCGGCUGGCAGAAAGCUUGGAUCUGCAAUUCUUGGCGAAGAAGACGGCUGGAUUUGUGGGAGCGGACCUGUCAGCUUUAACGAAGGAGGCGGCUCUUGGAGCCGUCCAGCGGGCAUUUUCUGGACUGCAGUCCCAAAGGAGUGAGCAGAGCGAGGUGGGCGAGGCGACGGAGUCCUCCGAAGCGCCGCUUCUCCGCCCGUACACUGCGGAAGAGAUGGCGAAUCUGGCAAUAGAUGCCGCAGACUUCACGGAAGCACUCACCAGAGUCCAGCCGUCGGCGCGUCGCGAAGGCUUCUCAACCAUUCCAGACGUGAAGUGGGAGGAUGUCGGCGCACUGCAAGAAGUCCAAGCUGACAUGGACGCAGCGGUCUGCGAGCCGAUUCGCCAGGCGGAGCUCUUCAGAGAGCUUGGCCCAUCGGUAUCUCAGAAGUUGCAGGACACCUUUGCGGUGGACCUGUACCCGGCACCGCUGAUCAAGUGGCACCCAUCUGUCGAGCAGCAUGAGUCUCUCGUCAUGGAUGCCGAGAAGCGCGGCUUAAUCAACAAGCCAAAGCCGGUGCAUACCCGAAGCACAUCAAACACAACUACAAAGAUUGGCAGCCAGGAUGAGGAGCUGACAGUGCGGCUCAAAGCAGCGAUUGCGUUGGAACCGCCUGUUGAGCCCUCGGGUGGCUACCGAGCCACGGCUUUCUAUCAGAGCGAGGGUUUGGAGCCGCGUGAAAGGCGGAAAUGCCAGCCGAAGCAGGCUGCCGAAAGCAAAUAUGGUAAGAAGAUGCACGAUUGUUUUUUGGAGGCCCAAUUCCGCAUACCGUACAACUCCCGUGAGCAGUUUGUCAAGGUGGCAGUGUAUGCGGUGGCUGACGGUGCGGAUGUGCCAGUUGGUGAAGCCACAGUGCCCAUUGCGGACCCAAAGGCCGAGACCAUGACCCGCUGGCGACUUAUGCAGGACUUCGAAGAGACCGGGGAGGUCGAGCUCCAAGUGGUCUUCCCCGGAGAUGACGUUUCCGUAGCAGAAACAGCCGACAAGUCGACUGAAAGCUAUGACCUGGAAGCAAAGUAUGCCUCCGUGGCUUCAAAGUCUGUGGUUGAAUCUGUGGGCGAGCUGCAGUCGAAGCAAGAUUCUGCUGAAUCGAUGGUCCCAGAACCUACGAGUCACAUGUCGGACACGCCGGUGGAGAAGGGGGUGGAGUCCAUGGAUGCUUCCUUCUUCGCCCUGAAUUCCGGUGACAAGGCUCAGGUCUACUCCAAGUCGAGUGGGGCUUGGGUGAUCGCCUCCAUUGUGCACAUGGACCAUGCUCGUGGUGAGGUCAUCGUUCAACACGGCGAGCAUCGGAAGGUGGUAAAUCUCAGGUCGCACAACCUUGCAGAGUUCUUCCGGCCAUGGGAAGCACUGGAUAGCCCAAAUCUGUCUGGUGUGAGACUGGGAUCGGGGGUGGAGGUGUACUCACAGAGCGCUGGCCGAUGGAGCGCUGGCGAGGUCUCUCGCGUAGACCUGCAGCGACAGGAGGUCUCCGUGGAGUACGAAAACAGAGUGAAAACCGUGAAAAUGGCAGCACCAGACCUUGAAAAAUACUUCCGUCAGAAACAGGAAGACGUGCCGAGCUCCCCGACGACACCUGCUGCCGAAAUCCCACAAAACGGGGUGCAAGGUCUCACUGUUCCGGUGGGCGUGCUUCUUUUUGGGCCGCCUGGUUGUGGCAAAACCCUGCUUGCGAAGGCAACAGCCAAUCAGAGUGGUGCCAACUUCAUUGCUGUGAAGGGACCGGAGUUGCUGAACAAGUAUGUUGGCGAGUCGGAGCGUGCGGUUCGGCUUGUGUUCCAGCGAGCCAGAAGCUCUUCUCCUUGUGUCAUUUUCUUCGACGAGCUUGAUGCGCUGGUGCCGAGGAGGUCUGCCGAGGGCACCGGCUCGUCAGAACGUGUCGUGAACCAAAUGCUCACUGAAAUGGACGGCGUGCAGUCGCGCUCGCAGGUCUAUGUCAUCGCUGCCACGAAUCGGCCGGACAUCGUGGAUCCUGCGAUGCUGCGACCAGGCCGUUUAGACCGACUUCUUUACGUGCCUUUCCCGUCUGCUGUCGGUCGUCUAGAAAUCCUCCAGACGCACAUGAGGAAGCUGCCGUUGGCCGCCGACGUGGAUUUGCAAAGAGUGGCAGAGGACGCUGAUGGCUUCAGCGGCGCUGACCUGGCGUCCUUGGCCCGUGAAGCUGCGAUGCUAGCAAUCCGCGAUGCGGCUGCUGCUGCGACCAGGAUCUCCUCGAGUGCCGCUGGCAAUGACUCGGCUGGAGAUCCCAAGACAAAGGAGCUCUCGGGAUUUGGGAUUUGCCAAGUCUCUCGCUGCUGCUGCCGGUGUGCAGGUGACGGCCGACCUGUUGUGGAAGGCCAGGAGCCGCGUCCAACCUUCGGUCAGCCAGCAGGAGCGGCGGGAGUACGAGCAGCUCGCAGCUCGCUUGUGUGGUUGGCGAUCCGCUGCUGGAGGGCGAUCAGCCGCUGGAGCCAAAGUGACCUAGCGGAUGCGUUUGUUUGCUGGCAUGCACUCGCUCUUGUACACAUGUUUCACCUGCCGAGAUGA